AUGCAACCGUUGGCUUCAGUUGGGGAAUCUUCGUCUCAGGUGAAUACCAAUCUUUCCACAUCCAUCUCAUUGUCAAUAAUCGAUGAGCACGGUAACGAUAUUUCCAUUCAAACAAGUUUUAACAAUCCAAUCGAAUUAAUCAUUCCUCGUGACGUUAAUAUGCCUCUACCAGAUAUGUUCUUACAAAAUGUUGCUGGAAUAUACUGUGAACAACCGUUUAAUAUGCACAUUAUCAAUAUCACACAAGUUCGAACUAAUAAAAAUCUUACUAUAUCACUUCAUAUUGAAAUACGUCCUCUGAAUAACUCAUUGGGCUAUUUAUUCAUCUACAGAUUUAAUGAUCAACCUCAAUUGGGCAAGACAAUUGACCUAAUAGAUGGUUGGUCUCUUUACUGUCCCUUAAAUUUGACCAAUGAGCAAUUGUACACACAUUUUAUCAAUAAUCAGCACAUAUCCAAUCAUGAAUCAGUAGUUUUUGGCCUGAGAGAAUUAAACACAACUGAAAUGGAUGUUUUGUGUUCGAAUAAUUUGAUUGGCGAUAGACCGCCUCGAUUCGAUGAACAUGCCACUUUCUCGUCGAACUAUGAAUUACGUAUUUACACAUCAGGUUGCUACUAUCUCGAUGAAAAUAAUAAUUGGAAAUCGGAUGGAUUACUAGUUGGACCUUUGACUAAUCUUUAUCAAACACAAUGUUUUUCCACUCAUCUUACAACAUUUGGCGUAGGUUCCAGUAAUGUCAAAGUUGAAAGUUGA